GUUGGAAGUACAAGAUGAGUGUGAGUAAGUUGCGCAGAAUAUAAUUCGAGGACGAGACCUUGAGUGGAACUAGUGGAACAGUUGAGGAAUAGCCAGAUAAGAUAAGCACCAAGUUACAGGCCAAUCUAGCCAAUUGGGUAGCUGCUAACGAAUGGAAGUACAGCGCACAAUCAGACAAUGUACAAGCCGUAGGGGGAAGGCUUAAAAAAAGCUUGUGAGCUGUUGUGGAUUCCCAAUGCGACCACUUAGAGAGCAAUGCCAACCACAUGAUCUGCAUUGGAUUGAAACGUGCAAGUUGCAUCAGUUUCCGACAAUGAAAUCCGCUGUCCUUCCCACAGCCUUCAAAGUCCAACGCAUCUUUCCAACAAAAAGUGCAAUUUAUGAAGACGAAUUUCGAGAUUCGUCUCAAAACAAUUUUGUAAUCCUUUUUUUAUUGUUCUUUUUUUAUUAUUUCUCUCUACCCCAGGUCCACACAAUCGCCAUGACGCGCCCGGUUGUCUAUAGCGUCGCCCUCGGCGUCUUUGUUUGUACAACGAUUAUGACCAUAGUGUCUAUCCUCACACCGCAUUGGGUCACAUACUCUGUCACGGCGGAUACCGGCUCGACUUUCAAGAAAUACAUCGGGCUUCACCAGAGCUGCUCCUCCGUCGAUGAUCCCUCAUGCCGACCCUUCCCUAAUGACGAUGACUGCCGCGACGACCAGUUUUUCUGCUCUAUGUGGAGGAGCAGCGGUUUCCUUAUCUCCUUCGCCACUAUUGUCGAGCUUGCGACCCUUAUCACUUUCAUCGUCGUCAUAGCCGGCGGCAAGUACAAGCGCGAGACAGGCUGGAAGCUUAUCGGCUUCUUGCUGCUUGCUGACGCCGCCGUCGAAUUCGCGAGUAUGGGCAUCGUGGCCUAUCUUUUUGAUACUGAUUCCCAAUUUAUCAUUCCUGGCUGGUCCCUGGAUUGGUCCUGGAUCAUAUGUACCAUCAGUGGAUCCGUGUCUGUUUUAAUUGCCGCGAGUCUAGCUGCCUCUGCCUGGUUGCUGCCGCCGGAAGAUGACUACGAAUAUCUCGAGGAUCCUAUUGACGCCUAAAAUGGAAACAGCCAAGGACAGGCUAGAAUAGCUUAUACGUGACGAACCGGGAACAGAGCUCAAGUAUGAGGUUUCCAUAUAAGCAACCCCUAUACCAGCAAAUCAGGAGAUUAAAUACAAUUGGCGAUGACGGUCUUAGUUGAUGAACGGUAAUACCGUAUUUUCUUAGUAUACGGGCGUGCGAUAUAUAGGGCAUGCGGCGUUCAAAGGUUUUGUUCUUCGGUUGCAUAAGACGCAUUAGCCACUCGUCUAAAUUGCAUUUGGUGUUUGAAUCAAGUGUUUAUGGUUAUGGACGCUUGAAUGGCAUAUUUAUCUAAGUAAUUGAAGCAGGAAGAACGUAUCGAUCCCUAUCAAAUUUGACAAUUGGUUCUAUUACAAUAUGAUCUUUAUCGUAAAAGAGAAA